UUUUUCGGACAAAACUGCUCACUGUCAAUAGCACUUCCCCCGUUACCAGAGGAGGCCAGGGCAAUACCCGAGGCGGGAAAGCGUACCAUCACUACAAAACCAACGACCGCAGGACCACCUAUUCGAGCUGAUGCAAAAGAUUUGGAUAUUGAGCGCAGCAAGAAGCGACAGAACAUGAUUACAAGGACCUUGUGGACCUUCAUCAUGAUUGGAGGAUUUGUUGGUCUUCUGCUCAUGGGUCAUGCCUACAUGAUCAUUCUGGUGAUGCUAUGUCAAGCCCUAGUCUACCGAGAGGUGACAGCACUUUUCUCCUUGAAAGACCACGCGCCAGAUACUGUCGAUAUCGACACUCGAGGGCAGAAGGACCCGUGGAGCAAGACCCUUAACUGGUACUUCUUUGCGGUCACAAACUACUUCCUCUACGGCGAAAGCAUCAUAUACUAUUUCAAGCACGUCAUCUUCACAGAUGGCCAAUUGUUGCCAUUUGCAAUGAACCAUAGGAUCAUCAGCUUUACUUUGUACACGAUAGGUUUCAUGGGCUUCGUGAUGUCGCUCCAGCGAGGCUACCUGAAGCAACAAUUUGGGCUAUUUUGCUGGGUUCACAUGAGUCUACUUCUUAUCGUCGUCUCUAGUCACUUCAUUGUUAACAACAUCCUGGAAGGCUUGAUCUGGUUUUGGGUACCUGCCGCAUUGGUUAUUUGCAAUGAUGUAUUUGCGUAUAUCUGGGGUAUCACCCUUGGUCGCACUCCACUUAUCAAGCUCUCACCAAAGAAGACUGUCGAGGGCUUCGUAGGAGCCUUCUGGAGCACGCUUAUCUUCAGUGUCCUCUGGGGUUCCUACUUCAUGCAGUUCAAAUAUAUGAUCUGCCCCGUGCACGAUCUUGGAGUUAGCAUCUGGAGCGAUGUUCAAUGCGUACCUAACCCUGUCUUCAUUCGACGGGAAUGGGAGAUAUGGGCACCCCUCCGGGUCUUCUUGUCGCAAAUUCUUGGCCGUCCAGUAGCCGUCAUACCAUAUGUUCCCUACCAACUUCACUUGUUGGUCUUCGCCAUCUUUGCCUCGCUCGUUGCACCAUUCGGGGGUUUCUUUGCAUCAGGCUUCAAACGUGCCUUUAACAUCAAAGACUUUGGUCACAGCAUCCCGGGACACGGGGGCAUGACGGAUCGCAUGGACUGCCAAUUCCUGAUGGGUGUAUUUACUUAUGUCUACUACAGCAGUUUCAUUCGCGAGCAUCAUGUUACCGUUGGAUCUAUUUUGCAGUCGAUUGUCAGUGGCUUGUCAGUCGAAGAACAGUUAGAGUUGAUGAAGGAUCUUAAGAAGUAUAUGCAAGGACGGGGAAUUUUGAUGGAUUGAUAGAUAUGCGUUCUACUUUACCCUCUCGCUUGCGGGCAUCAGCAUCAUCACCUUAGUUGUGCAAAUAAUAACACCAAUAGUUUCACUCGAUGGCAGGCCCU